AUGCUCAAGGACAUCGACAUAGUUGCUGAGAAUGACAGGGUGAUCGGGCUCAGCAGCGAGGUUGUCGAUGGGGAGGACAUUGAGAAUGACGUGACAGUCGGGCUUGGCACUGAGGCAAAGUAUGAGGAGGUCCCGGAAGAGACCUUCGUGAUUGAAGUCGAACAUGAGUCUGGCAGCGAAGAUUGUCAGGACGAUGGGCCUACUAUGACUCCUCGGCAGAAGGCUGUUGCGGGGAUCCGCAAGAGGAGAGAGGCCAAGAAGCCAAUUCGAAAGAAGCUCCUUGCCAUGGGGCGCAGGCUUCACCAAGUUCUUUUGGCGAGUGCCUUCGUGGUGGGAAGCAUGGCCAAUGAGUGUAUUGUGGAGCCAGGCAUCAACCUGCUGACCGGGAACGGUGGGCUGGCUGGAGACGGCGAUGGAGCUGCUUUCCUGGAGGUCUUUGCUGGCAGCGCCAAGUUGUCUGGGGCGUUCGCGGCGGCCCGGAGGGGGGUACUCCGACCCAUGGACCUGCUUUUUGGAGAUGAUCUACGGCAAGAAUCAGUGCAGCAUGAGCUGUAUGAAACCAUUGACAAUGAGAAGCCUGACCUGGUAUGGAUGGCUCCUCCCUGCACUGAUUGGUGUGGAUUUUCCAGGUUGAAUUUCUCCAAGCAGGAGCUGAGACGCAGAAGGCAAAAGCAGAAAGUCUUUCUGCGGGUGAUGAACGAGAUGCUCAUCAAGCAAUUGGCGGCUGGGCGCGAUGUGGUGAUAGAGAACCCUAUGACAAGUGACAUCUGGGAGAAGCUCAAAAGCCGGUGUGGGGAUGAACAUGACCACAAAGUCAUCCAGGGGAAAGAGACUGGGCACUCAGCAGAGUAUCCACUUGAGUUUGCAAAGGCUGUGGAGGCUGCUUCCAAAAUCGCAGUACAAAGAAAGGCCCAACGAGUUUUUGCAGUGGAUGGGGGCAAUGCUGAGGAUGCCUUAGCAGAAGUUGCCGAGGAGGCUGUCGAUGAUGAGCGUGAGCUCGUUCCAGCAUCCGAAGAUGAUGCCCCUGGUGGAGCAGCCGACAUCACCUUCAAGGGCACCAUCAAUGGAGCUGUUGGUGGAGCGCUUAAAAGGCUACACCAAAACCUCGGCCACCCUUCUCAACGAGAACUGGUGAGGCACUUAAGGUUGAGUGGAGCUCCUGCUGAAAUGGUAGAGGGUGCCGAGAAGUUGGUCUGCAAGACCUGUGCGAGCUGUGCCCAGCCCAAAGCGCAUCGGGUGGCCAAGCCAGCGGCUCUCUUGGACUUUAAUGAGUGGCCUUGGACAUCAUCUUCCUCGACACUUUGGAGUCGACAGGGGUCCCAGCUCUGA